AUGGAUAAUACUAAAGGUACUCAGGGUACCAACCCAUAUUUCCCAACCCCACCAUUAUCUUCUCGCCAUCUCUCCCUUGACUUGUCAGAUUCCCCAGUUUCAUUCAACUCUUCAAGAAACCGCAGCCUUAACCUCAAUUGCACAAAGAACCAACCAGAAUCCCUUUGGCCAACCAGUGUAACAAAACGCUCGAGUAUGGUUGGAGACCGACGGUUUGGAACCCGUCUGAUCCCAGAUCCAGGAAGACCGCGUGCAAUCAGUCUUGACGUAUCCAUGCGCCCAGAGUUUGCUCCAUCUUCGUCUGCUUCUUAUUAUUGCAGAACAUCCUUGCCAUUCGAAUCUCACCAACAAAGUGAAUCGAUGGCGACAAUUGUUUCUUCAAUCCCUCGGCCUUUCUAUCAACUCUACAAAAAGUCUGUAUUGAAUCCAAUUGUACAAGAAGAACGUUUGGAAUCGCCUACACCUACACCAACACCCACACGCUCACUCUGGCUAGGAAACAUUUCUUCGUCAGUCACCGCACCAGAUAUUGCGGCCAUCUUUGACUGCUAUGGUCCAAUCGAAAGUAUCCGCAUCAUUUUCGACCGCGAGUGUGCAUUUGUAAACUUUGCCAAGGUUGAAGAUGCAAUUGAAGCCAGAUCACACUUUCAGCCCCAGGCUGAUGAUCCCAGACUCGGACAUGUCAAACUAGGGUUUGGGAAUCCCGAGAAUCCUAUCCCUUUGCACGAGCCUCCAGCCCGUCAGCCCACCCGAGCUUUAUGGAUCGGCAAUAUCCCUAGUACUAUCACACCUACAAUGCUUUAUUCAGUAUUUGCGCCUUUUGGUCCAAUUCAAUCAGUCCGUAUUCUGGGCCAUAGGAACUGCGGCUUUGUCAACUUUCAGGAUCAGCAAGACGCCCAGGCUGCAAAAUCCGGUUUGACCAACAAGGAACUCUUUGGGUGUGCGAUUCGCCUGGGUUAUGCCAAGGCUCCUUCCUGUAUGACUGGGUCAGAAGACCAGAACAAUAGGUCUGAUUCUUCUUUACCUUCCAAUGAUCCAAAUACGCUUAUUGUCGCAAAUAACGGUAGUCCAGCCUCACUACCUUUAAGUGUAGAGGCCGACCACCAAGACAUUAUUAGAAUGUUGUCUUUUCCGUCGUCGUGUUUGGCAUUGUGUGUAAAUUUUGUUGCUAAUAAUGAUAAUAAUGAUGAUGAUACAAAUACAAAUACAAAUACAAAUAAAAUGAUAUCAGAGAAUGAGCGUUGUACUAGAAGAUUCAAGUAUUCCAGCUUUAUUCCAGCCGCACCCGAGUUUGGUCAAUUACGCCAGGUAGACACAGGACAUCUGAGAGAUGUGAGAAGACGAUUGGAUACUGGCCAGGUAUCGACAGACGAACUAGAAGAACUGGCGACAAUGUGUUUGGAAGACUUUAUUGCUCUUUGUAGUGACCCGAUUGGCAAUAUGAUAGUUCAACACAUAUUUGAGCGGUGCUGUGAAUCUACCCGCACGUUUCUUUUGGAAAUGACUAUCCCUCAUCUGGCAUCAAUUGGCGUACACAAGAAUGGUACUUGGGCAGCACAAAAGAUUAUCGAAACCGCAUUUCUUCCAGAAAAAGUGUGUGCUUCAAUUAAACCUUUUGUGCCGCUACUACUGCUGGAUCAAUUCGGAAAUUAUGUUGUCCAGUGUUGUCUAGGACUUGGUCCUGAUUACAAUCAAUUCAUCUUUGAUGCGAUUGUAGACACAUGCUGGGAGAUAUCUCAGGGUCGGUUUGGUGCUCGUGCUGUUAGGGCCACUCUUGAGAAUCCCCAGACGACCAUGGAACAACAGAUAUAUGUUGCGGCUGCUUUGAUACAACAUUCCUUGUCGCUGAUCACAAAUCCUAACGGCUCACUCCUUUUGAUCUGGCUACUCGACAACUCUGAGAUCUCAAGACGCUACUCAGCUGUUGUGCCACGCCUGUUGCCAAAUAUCGGUAGACUGUGCAGCCACAAAUUAGCUUCACUUACUAUCCUCAAGAUCAUCUACCAGGACCAGGACAUUGAUGCCCGGCAGCUGUUGCUCGACCGACUGUUCUAUGACGACCAGAAUCCUCAGGUUAACCAGAUCCUGGUUGACCAAGUGCAUGGGGUUGGCUUUAUCCAGCGCCUGUUGUCGAGCAGUCUGGACCUGUCCGAACGACGCCGGAUUGCAGACCAUGUCUGGCUGGCGAUGCUAAAGAACGAGCUCUACCAGAUCCAGGGAUACAAACGCCUUUUGGAAGAAAUUAGCAUGCUUGGGGUCAUUCAUCCUUUGUUUGAGCAAGAAGAUUUUUCUAACAAGAGUCUUUAA